AAGCUAGAAACAGCUUGACUCAUUGGACUUGAUAAGCUUCUAUUGGAUAUUAAAACUAUAAAUGUUCACAUUCAAUAGUUUGCUGUAACUGAUCAGACUGCUGUAGCCUGGAUCUUUUUCAUAAGGGACGAGCUUGAUGCAAGUGGAGCCUCGAGUUGUGAAUGUAUCCUUUUGCGGUUAAAUGGUUCCUGACUCGCAGGAAUCUCCUCAGCACAACAGAAAAGCCUCUGACUGGGUAAGGAAACCAAACCAUCACUGAGCGCACGGCGCCUCAUCCAACCAGCGCCAGUCCCACGAAACCGGGGUGAAACUACACAUUUAAACCAUUAAAGUGACUGCAACUAGACGCUUCUGCUCUUUGAAUUCUUGCUCUCUAUUCAGCCGCGGAAAGCUUCAUCUGAAGUGGAACUAACAACGAAUCUGAUCACCGAUGAAUUCCGCGAAGUUAUCAGCAUUUGGAAGUGAGGAGUUCGACAGGAAUGGAGAAAAUCCAAGUGGUGUUGAGUGGAUUACUUCUCGAGUAACCCGCAACGAUGUCUUCGACUGAUUUGAACUUUGAUUCAAAAAGAAAUUCACUCUCCGAGGAGCAGUUCUGAACAUUAUUAUCUGUAUUACUGCGGAGUUCAGGAACUCUCCUCCACCAGGAUCCCCAUCAUCGGCUCUGCAGUAGAAGUUCUGAUUUUGAUGAAAUAGACAACAAACAGAGCGCAUUCUAACUGGAGUUACACCGUUUCCAGCUGCUCUUGAAUGAUGCCUCCCUGUUUGACGGGAAUUUACUGUCUACUGGCAUUUCUACAGAUUUGUUCAGGGUCUCGUCUUCGCCAAGAAGACUUCCCUCCCCGCAUUGUGGAGCACCCCUCUGACCUCAUUGUGUCCAAAGGGGAACCAGCCACUCUCAACUGUAAGGCAGAGGGCCGUCCGACCCCUACGGUGGAAUGGUACAAAGAUGGGGAGCGCGUUGAGACGGACCGCGACAACCCCCGCUCCCACCGUAUGCUGCUGCCCAGCGGGUCCCUCUUCUUCCUACGCAUCGUCCACGGGCGACGGAGCAAGCCCGACGAUGGCAGCUACGUGUGUGUAGCCCGAAACUAUCUGGGCCAGGCGAUCAGUCACAAUGCAUCCCUGGAAGUAGCAAUUUUACGCGAUGACUUCAGACAGAACCCAGUGGACGUUAUGGUCGCAGUGGGUGAGCCCGCAGUGCUGGAGUGCCAACCACCCCGUGGGCACCCGGAACCCACGAUCUCCUGGAGGAAAGAUGGUGCCAACUUAGAAGAUAGAGAUGAACGCAUCACAAUUCGUGGUGGCAAGCUGAUGAUCACCAACACCAGGAAGAGUGAUGCAGGGAAAUACAUCUGUGUUGGAACUAACAUGGUGGGAGAGAGGGAGAGUGAGAUCGCUGAACUCACUGUGCUAGAGCGCCCGACCUUUGUGAAGCGGCCCAGCAGUGUGGUGGUGUUGGCAGACGAGAGUGUGGAGUUCCACUGUGUGGUUCAAGGAGACCCUAUUCCCACUGUCCGCUGGAGGAAAGACGAUUCUGACCUGCCUAAGGGCAGAUUUGAAAUCCUAGAGGACCAUACCUUGAUUGUUCGCCAAGUGACCUCUUCAGAUGAAGGCUCCUAUACAUGUGUGGUGGAGAACAUGGUUGGAAAGUCUGAAGCAUCUGCCACCCUUACUGUACACGUCAAUACUGUGCCCCCAGCAUUUGCCAUUCGCCCCAGGAACCAGGUGGUGGCAGUGGGCAGGACGGUCACCUUCCAGUGUGAGGCCACUGGCAACCCACAGCCUGCUAUCUUCUGGCAGAGGGAGGGCAGUGAGAGUCUCCUGUUCUCUUACCAGCCACCACAGCCCUUUAGUCGUCUGUCUGUCUCCCAGAUGGGCAGUUUGACCAUUACCGAUGUUCAGCGCUCAGAUGGCGGCUUCUACAGCUGCCAGGCUCUCAACAUCGCUGGCAGUGUUAUUACCAAAGCACUGCUGGAGGUCACAGACUCUGGGUCAGACCACCCUCCUCCUGUGAUUCGGCAGGGUCCACUCAAUCAGACUGUGCCUGUGGACAGCACAGUGGUCCUGGGUUGCCAGACGGCUGGCUCUCCACCUCCUACAGUCCACUGGAAGAAAGAUGGUGUGGUGGUGUCUCCAGUGGACUCCCGCAUGUCCAUAGCAGACACAGGAUCACUGGAGAUUCGCUACGCUAAGCUGGGAGAUACAGGCUUCUACGCUUGUGUAGCUUCAAGCCCCAAUGGAGAGGCGUCCUGGACAGCAUACUUACAGGUGGAGGAGUUUGGAGUUGUUGUUCAGUCCAGUCACCCUGUAGACCCUAACCGGAUUCCCAGUGCUCCAUCUAAACCUGAGUUGACUGACAUUAGCCGUACCUCUGUCACCCUGUCCUGGAAAUCAAUACCCAAUGCUGGCACAACACCUACAUCUUACCUAAUUGAGGCAUUCAGUUAUACUUUAGGCAGCAGAUGGGUGACCGUAGCUGAGCAUAUAAAGACACAGACCUUUGUUCUGAGGAGCCUGAAGCCUGCAACUGUCUACCUCUUUAUGGUCAGAGCGGUGAAUGCUUAUGGCCUCAGUGACCCUAGUCCAAUCUCUGACCCUGUCAGAACACAGGACAGCACUUCCACCAUGCAGGGAGUGGAUCACCGUCACAUCCAGAGGGAGCUGGGAGAUGUUGUUAUCCACCUGCACACACCAACCGUCCUUUCAUCUUCUGCUGUCAAGCUGCAGUGGAUGGUCGAGCAGCAGUCCCCAUACAUCCAGGGUUACAAGGUGCUUUACAGGGCGUCAGCUGAGCACGGCCAGCCAGAGGGGCAGUGGAGUGUCCUGGAUGUACGCGCCCCACGAGAGGACGGUGUGGUGAUCGGUCAGCUGAAGAGAGGAUCCAUAUACGAGUUCAAAGUGCGCCCCUUCUUUGAUGAGUUCCAGGGAGCUGACAGUGAGGUGAAGGUGGUCAGGACUUUGGACGAAGCCCCUAGUAGAGCACCCCAGGGUGUUACAGUGACAAAGAGUGAUGCCAAUGGGACUGCCAUCCUCAUUGCUUGGAAACCGCCUCCAGAACGGGAGGAGGCUGGAGUCAUUCAGGAGUACAAGAUCUGGUGCCUGGGUAAUGAGAGUCGGUAUCAUGUAAACCAGUCAGUCGACGGCUCCACCUUCUCUGUGCUCAUUCCCAGUCUGGCACCUGGAAUUCGCUACAGUGUAGAGGUUGCGGCUAGCAAUGGUGCUGGACCUGGGGUCAAGAGUGAUGUCACUUUCUUUCAAUUAGACUCUGCAGGCCAGAUGAUGGAUAUCAGUGAGGAAAGAGACACUUUGUCUCAGAUCUCAGAUGUGGUGAGGCAACCGGCAUUUAUUGCUGGCAUUGGCGCCACCUGCUGGUUGGUCCUCAUGAUUUUCAGUGUGUGGCUCUACCGUCACCGCAAGAAGAGAAGUGGCCUCAGCAGCACAUACACUGGCAUCCGCAAGGUGCCAUCAUUCACCUUUACACCUACAGUCGCGUAUCAAAGAGGAGAAUCUGUGUGCAGUGCUGGCAGACCUGGCCUUCUCAGCAUGGGUGAACCUCUAAACCAGCUGUGGCUGCCAGACAAUUGGCCAAAUGCAUGUGCCAAUCACAAGGACUGUAGCAUCAACUGCUGCAAUAAUGGCAAUGGCACCAGUGACAGUAACAUGACAACAUACAGCCGACCAGCUGACUGCAUAGCUAACUAUGGAAACCAUCCAGAAAACAAACAGGGAGGACAGCUUGGUUCUGAGACCGCCAUUUACAGCGAUGUGAACCUCUCCAACAAGCUCAAUGAGAUUAAAACAUUCACCAACUCCAACUUGUGCUAUGCAAGUCCAGGAGGCGAUUCAGCAGCCACAUAUGAACCCAUCCCGUAUGCCACCACACAGCUCAUUCAGGCCAGCAUUAAGAAUAAGGCAGCCACUGGUGGCGCUAUAGCAGAGCCUCUGGACAUGCCCUGCUGGAAACAGCCCCCCAACCCACCUCCAAUACCAAAGGAGAUGGCAGCACAGAUGCAGUACAACAUAAUUGAGCAAAACAUGCUAAAUAAAGAUGGAAUGAUCCAUCCUAAAACUAUUCCCUACAACCAGACCCGUGAUCACAGUACAGGAGGCUCACACCACAGCUCAGACAGAGGCACCAGCAGCACCUCAGGGAGUCAAAAUCAAAAGAAGGGAACGAGAGCCCCAAAGAUCCCAAAACAUAAUGCAGUAAGCUGGGGAGAAGCCCUGUCUCCUCCUCAUGCUAAUGCCUGGGACUGUGAUGAGUAUAGCCUGCCCAUGGAAAGGAGUUUUGAUCCAGAGGACAGAAUAGAAGGCUGCCCUACUCCACCAGUUAGAGGGGCAGCCUCAUCCCCUACUGAAGUGUCCUAUAGUCACCCACCUACCACAUCACCACAGGGAGACCUGAGCAAUGGCCUGCACGAUGGAACCGAGCACCUCAGCCAACACAUCACCAGCCACCCUCGCCCUCUUUCGCCAACACACACCUACAGCUCCAUACCCCUCUGCAUGGACACUGAUGGACUGGAAGAGGAUGAGGAGGAGGCAGAGGAGGAGACAGACACAGAGCUUGCUGAAAGUCACUACAGCCAACACCACAACCGGCAGAAGCACAAACACCAGCUGCACCACCCCUCUCCACACAGGCUGCUCCUCCAUGGGCUGGAGCAGACCCCAGCCUCCAGCACCGGGGAUCUGGACAGAUCAGUCACAGGAUCCAUGGUAAACAGCUGGGGCUCAGCAUCCGAGGACAACAUCUCAUCAGGCAGGUCCAGUGUUGUUAGCACAUCGGAAGGAUCCUUCUUUACAGACGGCGAUUUCAACCAGGCAGUAGCCUCUUCGCGGGAUAUUGUAGGCCUGCGCAUGUGUAGAUACCCAGAGGAGUCAGGUCGGCGGCACCAGCGACCCAGCAGCCCCAUGUCCACAGACAGCAACAUGAGUCCUGCAAUAACACAUAAAAGGCCCAGGAGGCAUAAACAGAACCAGUCUGGUCAACAGGGCUACCAACCCAAAGAUGUCUUCAAUGAUGACUCUUGCAUGCCUCUGAAUUUCUCCAGCCAGAUGUCCCAUGGAGACUAUAAAGUGAGGGGGGCCACGCUGCCUCGAAUGGGCUCUGGAGAGGCACGGGGUCGACGAGGCAGCACUGGGACACACAGGGUCAGGGAGGCUACAUUUGAGCAGAGAGAGAGCCAGGACAAGCACAAGACUCCACAAGGAGGAAAAGGAAGCAGCAAAAGCCGGCAGCACUCAGAAUUUGGGGACAUCUUUCUGUACAGUCGUCCCACUUUCCCAUCAGGUCAAGUUCAGAGGGAGCCUGAUGAUACUAAUUCAUCCAGCUUUAUGUCAUGUGGCGACUCAAGGACCAAACAGAGAGGACAGGUGGCCCCUACCGGACAGGUGGAAGAGUUCCUGAAAAGCUAAGAAGCAAUGCGAGCACAAAAGGAAUAUCCUACAGCUGCUUCAGACGGAGGACUAUGACCUUUACGAUAUGGAAAAAGACUGCACAAUACAUACUAUUGUUUUCUACUUCAAAUUUCUUAUUAGGUGUUGGAAAAAAGAAAAAAGUGCUCUCAUGUUUAAGUCUGCGGACUUUAAUUUGAUGCACUGUUUAUCAUUUGCUUUUUGGGUGACCAGCUUCCAGGAGCCUGAACCGCUGGUUGCUCAGUAAAGUAAGAUGAAUGCACAUUUGAUGGUGGUUGUGAGUGUCUACACAAAUAUUGUCCAUGAUGACUGCUUGAUGCGGUCCAUACAUGCUCUUGCUUGUCAGUUGUCUUGUUAUUUUACUGUAAUUGUUAUUCAGUCAUUACCAGCCAUCUUGUAAAUUCUUGAAAUUGUUUACUGCCACAGAAGUGCUUCAAAUUCAAAUUUUAUAUAACAGUGUUAAUGUUUUAUAAGUGAUGUACAUCUUGUCUUUGUAUUAUUUGUUCUACUUUGGUUAUAAAAGCACAAUCACUUAAUUUUAUUCUAAGUCAUUAUUAUAUGAAUCUCAGUCUGGAGGAAAUCAGUCUUUGGAGUCUUGUUAAUCAUUUCAUCAGUUCACUUCAGGCUGAGGAAAUGAUUGUUGAUUGUGAUUGUGCAUUCAGUUGCGUACAUUUGAGCUGCUUUCAUUCAGAUUUGAUCUAUCUGUUGUGUGUACUGAGAGAAUUGCAUGCAGAUUCACCUGUAGGAGGUUUUACUUAACAUCUUGGCUGCUUUGUCCUCCCUUUGGGAUGAUAAAAAGUCUGGUCAAGGACUGGUUCCAUUUAUUGUUUUCUCAGCUGAGACCAUUUCAUUUAGUCCUGUGUUCCCUUGACCUUUGCCAUUACUUCUGAAGUAGGGCUGGACAAUAAACUUAAUUUUAAUGAAUUACUGAUGAAUCUCUUACAGACCCAAAUUCACUCAUAUAGCAAUUUUGAAUCAAUAAAAUUGCCUGACUCUCAUAUAAUUAAACUGAGAAUAGCUACAACAACCUUCUAACCAGACGUUCAUUCAGCCAAUCUGCCCACAGUUCAGAGGUCCAAAACCUUAAACAACUUGGACAAAUAUCAGAAAGCCAGUACAAAAAAGUAAAUAUUAUCAGGUACUGAUGUAUUAAGCAAAUAUAUAUUGUUUAUUUAUAGUUAUAAAGUUAAAUGUACAUUGUGCUAUUGAUUUUGGUCAUAUUGUCCAGCCCUAUUCUGUAAGUUAUAUAUGGAACAAAUAUGUCACUUUAACUACUCUGUUUGAAUAAAUAUUGCUGUUCCGUAAGCAACAACAACAAA